GGCGGCAAUCAAGGAGGAAACAAUCAAAGGAAUAAUAACUGAGGAAUAUUGCCAAUAAUUGCAUAGAUUGUAUCAGACCGUUUUCUCAUUAUUCUUGCCUUUUCCAUUUGCUUGAGUUUAGGCUAAAUAUCUGUCAUUAGUCUGUAUAUAAAGUUUGUGUACUGUACACCCUUUUCACUCAAUUCAAUUGAAUCUUCACAUAUUCUUCUAUCACUGCACAGAAAUUAUCAUGGUAUCAGAGCACUAGGUGACAGCAAGAUUUUGCUGCAGCUUGUGACACAAGGCUUUGCUGCAAUUGAGACUCAAAACAUGGCCGAUGAAGACUCCACAACAAAGGUCACCUCUCGGAAGACAGGGGGAGCAAAGGAAACGAUGAAAACAACAGAUCCUGACUCACCAUAUUACCUGCAUCCGAGUGAUGAUCCUGGAAGAAUCUUGGUGACAUCUUCUCUGACCGGGGACAACUACCAUACAUGGAAGAGAGCACUGCAAAAUGCUUUGUAUGCCAAAAACAAAAUGGGAUUUGUGGAUGGCACACUCAAGAAGCCAGCCGCAGAUUCACAAGAAUUUCAAGCUUGGAAAAAGUGCAACUCCAUGGUUCUUUCAUGGAUUUUAAACACCAUAUCUCGAGAACUCCAUGACAGUGUUGCAUACGCUGACAGUGCACGGGAAGUUUGGACAGAUUUGCAGGAGCGCUUUUCACAAGGAAAUGCAACCAGAGUGCAUGAAUUGAAGCACGAACUGGCCACUAUCACCCAACAGACCAGGUCAGUUGCAGCAUAUUUCACUAAGUUGAAGCCGAUCUGGGAUGAACUGCAAGCAUACGAACCAAUACCAGUGUGUUCUUGUGGCUGCACUUGUGGGGCUGCAAAGGAAUAUGGUAAAACUCGAGAAACAGAAAAAGUGCAUCAAUUUUUGAUGGGACUAAAUGAAAACUUUUCCACUUUGCGUUCUCAAAUUUUGAAUCUGGAACCAUUACCCUCCUUGAAUAAAGUGUAUGCCAUGGCUACAAAAGAAGAGAAACAACAAGCAGUAGCUGCUGCUCGGGGACCAACAAUUGAAGCAACAGCCCUGGUGGCAAAGACAAGCAUCCAUGGUCGGCCAACUUCUUCUGGAAAGCCACGAUGUGAUCACUGUAAGAAAGUGGGGCACACCAAAGAAAGAUGCUUUGAAAUCAUUGGCUACCCAGCACACUGGAAACCCAUUGGUGGUAAAGGAAAAGGUAGAGGCGAUGGGCAAAGAAAUCAAAGCCAAGAAAAGGAGUUAAUCUUUGCAGCCAACGUAAGCCAAGACUCAGCAGGCAUGGCAGGCCAAUCUCCAAUAUCCGGACUGUCCAAGGAGCAGUAUGAUCAACUCCUCACACUUCUUGGUGGUAAUUCAGUCAUUAGUCAUUCAGCAAACUUGGCUGGUAAGAUGCAAAUUACACCCUUUUCUUGGAUUAUUGAUAGUGGAGCAUCAGACCAUAUGACACCAAAUUUAUCUAGACUUACUAAAGCCAAGCCUUAUACCUUCCCUGUCCACAUACCAAAUGGAUCCUCAUUAGAAGUAUCUCACAUAGGGAAAGCCACGUUGAGCCAUAAUCUCAGCUUGGAAAAUGUCCUUUGUGUUCCACAAUUUACUUGCAAUCUCCUAUCUGUUAGCAAGAUCACUAAGCAACUUAAUUGUGCUGUUAUAUUUUUUCCUGAUUUUUGUGUUUUUCAGGACCUUACCUCGAAGAGGUUGAUUGGAAUGGGUAAACUACAUGAAGGGAUCUAUUAUUGUGAUUUUGGGCACAUUGCAGCGGCUAGUCAAAUAAAGCGGAAGGAAAGCUUGUCUUUUGAAGUGUGGCAUAAAAGGCUUGGCCACAUUUCCUUAGAUAGAUUAUCCAAAAUCCCUUCCUUAUGUUCUUGCCCCUCUAAUAUUAAGCAUGUUUGUGAUGUUUGUCACAGAGCUAAACAAACAAGAUUACCAUUUCCUAUUAGUAAGAAUGUUUCUAAUCGUAUAUUUGCGUUAAUCCAUUGUGAUAUUUGGGGUAGAUAUGCUACAUCUUCUUUUACUGGUGCACAUUAUUUUUUGACUAUUGUAGAUGAUUUUUCUCGUUGCACAUGGGUUUACCUUUUAAAACACAAGUCUGAAGCUGCCUUAUAUUUAGUGAAUUUUUGUAACAUGGUUGAAACUCAAUUUGAAACUCAUGUUCAGCAGAUGCGCAGUGAUAAUGGGAAGGAAUUCACUGAGGGACUUGUGAAAGAUUUUUGUCAAAAAAAGGGAAUCCUUCAACAAACAUCAUGUGUCAACACACCACAACAAAAUGGGGUAGUUGAACGAAAGCAUCGCCAUUUGCUUGAGGUAGCACGAGCUUUAUGCUUUCAAGCCAAUCUACCUCUAAAAUUUUGGGGUGAGUGCAUACUUACAGCCACUUAUUUGAUUAAUUUAACCCCUACUCCAGUUCUUUUUGGACUCACUCCUUUUGAAAAGUUUUUUCAAAAGGCACCAUGCUAUGAUCAUUUAAAAAUUUUUGGAUGCCUUUGUUAUGCUCAUAAUCAUUCUAAAAAUCGUACUAAAUUUGAUUCUAGAGCAUCAAAAUGUGUUUUCAUUGGUUACCCUUUUGGAAAACGUGGUUAUAGACUGUAUGAUCUUGAAACCAAUGAAAUUUUUAUUUCUAGAGAUGUCAUUUUUCAUGAAGAGAUUUUUCCAUACAAGACACCUAAGACACAUGCACAAACCUUGGCAUUGUCUAAUCCAAGUGCUAGAGACUCAUUGUUUGAAGAACCAUCCUUAAUGGAUAAAGCUAUUGACAAAACAAGAAAUGAGUCUCAUUCCUUCGAAAAUGUUGAAAUGACAUUGGGUGAGAGUCCUGAGCUGGUGGAAAACAAUAUGCAAUGCACAACCCAGAUGGAAUCUGCGACCGAUCUUGCUACCCAACCAUCGCAACCUGUCAGGCCACAGCGUCAAAGACAUGCACCUAAACACCUUGAGGAUUUCAUCUGCGACAUGCCUCCAUCAAUUGAUCCCAAGCACACUCCAUUCCAUUCGGCAAAUUCAGGUACACUUUAUCCUAUUUCUCACCAUCUAUCAUAUGAAUCUUUCUCACCCAAUCACACAGCCUUUCUUGCGGCCAUCACUUCCAAUGAUGAGCCUAGUUCAUUUUCACAGGCCAUUAAGAAUGAAAAGUGGAGAGAAGCAAUGAGGAAAGAGAUCACUGCCCUUGAGGAGAAUGGCACUUGGACACUUGAGCGUUUACCUCCCGAUAAACGAGCUAUUGAUUCGAAAUGGGUCUACAAGAUUAAGUACAAACCAGAUGGUUCGAUCGAACGCUAUAAGGCAAGACUUGUGGCCAAAGGUUUUACACAAAUUGAAGGCUUGGACUACCAUGAAACAUUCGCCCCCGUUGCAAAGUUGGUAACUGUAAGAGUACUUCUGGCACUUGCUUCCAUUAGGCGAUGGAAACUACACCAACUCGAUGUAAACAAUGCCUUUUUGCAAGGAGAUUUGCAAGAGGAGGUUUACAUGAAAAUUCCACAAGGAUUUACUUGUCGGAAUAGUAAUAUAGUGUGUCGAUUACGGAAGUCUCUCUAUGGACUAAAGCAAGCCUCCCGCAAUUGGUUUGAGAAGUUCACCAACUGUCUAAAGGCUACAGGUUUUGUUCAAUCACUUGCUGAUUAUUCACUCUUUACCUUUACUCAUAAUCACAGCUUCAUUGCAGUUUUAAUAUACGUGGAUGACAUCAUUAUCACUGGAAAUGAUACCACAAGAAUCAAUGCUCUGAAGAAGUAUCUGCACACAAAGUUCUCCAUAAAAGAUCUUGGGCCUUUGAAAUACUUCCUUGGAAUUGAGGUGGCAUGUACCACUGAAGGAAUUGUCUUAAGUCAAAGAAAAUAUGCCCUUGACAUCCUCACUGAAACAGGGACUAUUGGAGCUCGACCAAGCCCUUUUCCUAUGGAGCAGCAUCACCAAUUACAUUCUGCCACAGGGCCACUUCUUUCAAAUCCUGCUCAAUAUCGAAGAUUGGUGGGGCGUCUCUUAUAUUUGACAAUCACAAGACUAGAUAUCUGUUAUUCUGUAAGCAUACUUACACAAUUUAUGCAAAACCCAAGGCAAGAGCAUCAUGAAGCAGCCAUGAGAGUAUUACGAUACAUCAAGACUUCACCUGGACAGGGUAUUCUCCUAUCCUCUACAAGUCCCAUCCAUCUUACGGCUUAUUGUGAUGCCGAUUGGGCAGAAUGCUCCCUUACCAGACGUUCCACAACUGGGUAUUUUAUUUGUCUCGGCAACUCACCUGUUUCAUGGAAAUCAAAGAAACAAGCAACAGUUUCCAGGUCUUCUGUAGAGGCUGAAUAUCGAGCAAUGGCAAUGACUGUGAGUGAAUUGAUAUGGUUAAAAUCCUUGCUUCGUGAUCUUGGAAUGUAUUUACAACAACCUAUGACACUGUUCUGUGACAAUCAAGCAGCCUUACACAUAGCUACUAAUCCAGUCUUCCAUGAGCGAACCAAACAUAUUGAAAUAGAUUGCCACUUCGUUCGUGAAAGAAUACAGAGGAAAGAACUCCUCACCAAGCAUGUUUCGUCUCAACAAAAAACAGCAGAUAUGUUCACCAAGGCCUUGGGGCGUGAACGUUUCUCCUUGCUUCUAUCCAAGUUGGGCAUUCGAGAUCUUCAUGCUCCAACUUGAGGGGGAGUAUGAGGCGGCAAUCAAGGAGGAAACAAUCAAAGGAAUAAUAACUGAGGAAUAUUGCCAAUAAUUGCAUAGAUUGUAUCAGACCGUUUUCUCAUUAUUCUUGCCUUUUCCAUUUGCUUGAGUUUAGGCUAAAUAUCUGUCAUUAGUCUGUAUAUAAAGUUUGUGUACUGUACACCCUUUUCACUCAAUUCAAUUGAAUCUUCACAUAUUCUUCUAUCACUG